CCCAUCGCGACCGCCACUACCCCGGGACAAUAAUAGCAGCGCGCCCAAAGGCCAAAAGGAAAACCACGCGACGCGCUGAUCAGUAGCCACCACACAGGCGCAGCUGAGCGCGCGACGGCGAGGCUCGGCCAUGUCCAUGCCUGAUCGCCGCUCCGGCGCCGCCACGUCCCCGUCGCUCCGCUUCCUCGGCCUCCUCAAGCAGCCCGACGACGACGGCAGCGGCGACCACGAGCUGGAGCUCGACGAGCGCGACGUCGUCUGGUCGUCGUCGAACACUACCUCGCCCUCCUCGUGGGCCUCCACCGAUUCCUCCCCGUCUCUCACCCCGUCCGUGGGCGGAGGUAUCCACCGGCCACUGUCGUCGUCCCGCGCCUUCCCCGCCGCCGGCAGCGUCGGCCUGUCCGCUCUCCUCGCCGACGAUCACACCCCCACCGCGUCUAUCCCUGCCGCGACUCGCCCGGAGAGGCAGCAGCCCCCGCAGCCGUACCACCAGUCGGCGCCGGUCGCCGUGCCGGCCUGGCCCAAGGCCACGGGCAGUGACAGGCGUCGCUCGGGUGUGCAGCACGAGGCCGAGGACGACGACGACGACGACGAAAUGGUGGUGCCACCGCACGAGAUGGCUGCGCGCCGCGCCGCCGCGGCGGCGUCGGUGAUGGAGGGCGCCGGGCGGACGUUGAAAGGGCGCGACCUCCGGCGCGUGCGCAACGCGGUGUGGCGCACCACCGGCUUCCUUGACCUGUGAAAAAGGAUGCACCUUUGGAGGUUUCGCUCGCUGCCCACGCAUCACCAUACGAACCACGCAGCUGUUCCUAGCAAUCUGCUUCGUGUUGUACUGAUCAGUAGACAAAAAGUGGGGGUUUUCUUGCUAAUAAAUUCAGAGUUGUAGGGGCAAUGUUAUGAUGGCUAUUUGUUAUUUGUAGAAGUGUCGACGAGAAGUUCUACGUUUUCCCUUGAAGAAAACUAGUACUCCAUUGGUUAUGAAGCAAUUAACGGCAGUGCGCUGCAAUUGUUUCAGAAUCUUUGCAAUUUUCUGCUGGAAAUAAGGUAUAGUACUUUACAAAGCAUCUUAGGAAAGAUUUCAGCUUUGUAAAUGGUUCUAGGCAGCUAAAUUUGCUGGGUGCCAAGGCAUGUGUGCUGUUUUGUAAGUAUAUCAUCACUGUGAUUAACACAAGUGAUUUUUCAACCAAAAACAGAAAUGAUAUUCUAGAGUUGUAUUAACAUACUUCAUUGUGAUAUCAGUUAGCCAAUCAGUUGUGUUCAUAAAUAAAUCAAUUGUGCUCCAUGAAUAAUUAAAAUAGCU